AAGAUCCGAGUUAUAAGGUCGAGUUUGCAUUUGCAACGGCUGGCAAUCGGACGUCACUAAUACGAAGAUGUGAUUUUAUUUAAUUUUACUUUAUUUUUUUAAUCAAAGGUCUGAAUUAUUAGAUUAUAUUUAGCUAAAAUACAUUUCAUUUGUAGUUAAAAUUAAAAUAUCGGCCAUUGGCAAUAUCAGCAAAAUAUCCCGUGUAGGUUACUUUAUUCACUUAGAGAGACAAAAAACUAACAUUAACCGAGAUAGGCAACUGAAUAAACUUUCCUCAUUCAUAAAACUGAACAGUUUCCCAUUAUAUUUCUCGCUAUAAGCAAGCCAUUAACAGAACAAACCGGCUGCGAUUUUGAGCGAUCUGUGGACUAGCAAGGAAAUUUCCAGUAGCAAGUUUCUAAAUAUUGGCAAAUCUCAUGGAGCAGUCCGUGAUUCAGCCUGAAAAAAUGGAACUGGUGGUUGUCACUCAUGUUGUUGAUGCCAUCACGUUUUGGGCUCAGAAUGUGACAGACAAAAUAAAUGAGAAGAUAAAUGUUAUGCUGACAGAAAAAUGCCCCAUUGCCCCUAUACUGAUGGGAAGACCGAGUUCACACAAGGUCUAUGGGGCACGAUAUUCGGAGGACAAGUGCUGGUACAGGUGUACUGUGCAACAGCAAUCAGAAGACAAGUUCUGUAUUUUGUACAUUGACUAUGGAAAUACAGAGAUCGUCAGUCGGUCUGAUUUAGUCGAACUCCCAGAAGAACUGCAGACAACAGGACUUGCGAAAAAGUACAGGUUCUGGGGCUUUCAUGUGUCGAGCGAGCAGGAUUCCCCACUUUUUUUGCAGGGGAAGUCCUUCCUUCACAAUAUGAUUCAUGGAAAAAAGUUGCGUGUCCAUAAAAAGUCAGUUUGCUUUGAUGGAACCAUCCUGGUGGAAGCCUUCCAGGGGAAUCUUGACAUUGUAAACCUUCAGGAGUGCCCAGGACUGUGGCCCAGCAGAAACACCCCGGGGGAGUUGGACACACUUGGCUCUUCAUUGGGAUGCAUGCCCAAACUGCGUCCGAUAUUCUCAGAUCAGAAGCCUCAAAUGAUUAAGGAGCAGAAAACCAGCGUUGCUCUCCAACCUUUGGAGAAACUGAAUGUAGAUCAGGAACCUCUUACUGAGAUCCAGUCCUCAAAAACUGAUGCAAAUGCACAGCAGGUGUGCUCUCAGGACAUUGAGCAGGUGCCGAAUGAAACCGAGUCUGAACUACAGAUGAUGCGAGAGGUGAUAAAUGCUAAGGACAUGCAGAUCAAGAAGCUAAAAGAGGAAGGAAGUGCCAUCCAGCAGUAUGCAUCUCUCCUGGGGCAGCAGCUAGAGGAGGCCAAAUUAGAGCUCCAGAUGCUGAAGGAGAGUUACGAGAAGACAAAGGAGACUGAACAUAAUCAUCCUACAACAAUUGCAGACAGAAUAUCCCAGCUGGCUAAGAAAGUGGAUUCUUUGAGGAAACUCAGGGAGAGUAGUGCAUGCUCCUCUGAUGAAGAUCACCUAUUAGAGUCCAUCACCAUCAUCAUGAACUACAGGAUCUCAGUGCCGUUGAGCUCCGAGAGGCUGGACCUUGCGUGGAACGCGUAUGAUCAAACCUUGGAGAAUCUAAGAGGCUGUCAGACCAUGGUGGAAGUAGAGUCACUGGUGAACAUUAGGAAUGAGGCUCGAGGCGCGCUCUUAGCUGCUGUAGAUGACUUCCUGCAGGAGGUGGACAAGCUGCCAAUCAAUGAACGCUUGCACAGGCUGAAGGAGGUUGCAUCCUCAUUGACGGCAAUGUUUAGCUCCGUUAUGCUGGGGGAGCAGACCGAAGAGUGCUCUUUUGAGAAGUUCUGUGAGUGGAAGGAGCACAAACAACAGAAGAUCAAAAAUGUGCGAAAAACUACAGAUGAAGCUCUCCUUGCUCUUAGCAGCUGGGCAACCAGGCUUAGCAAGUUUUCAUAUUUGAUGGAGAAAACAUCAUUGACCGAAGAAGAUGUUGCUGACGGUGUGGAAGAGAUCCUGAUGAAUGCUGACAAAGCCUUGUGUGAAGAACUCAGUACUGAAUCCUCUGAACAAGAUGAUCAAGGGAGGAAAGUGGUGAUUAGUGCCUUCAAUAAAGCCAUGCAGGGCAUCCAGAGAGAACUAAGUAUGUUAAAUGCGAUCAGGCAAAAGUACGAACACAACACACAGUUUAAGCAGGAAAUACAGCAGUGCCAGAUCGGCCCUCCUAAAGCAGACGAGCUGUUUGCGGUGAAGAAGCGCAUCAGGAGCCUGAGAUCUCAGCUGCGCUGGAAACUGGUGGAGGUCAGCUGUCUGGAGGAGGCAGAAGAACUGGACCUGCCAGAGAUUCUUAAGAAGAAGGAGGAGAUCGCUGAGACCAGAAAUGCUCUCUUUCAAGAAAUCAGCCAUGAAAAGAAGCAAUAUAUAAUGCUGUGUGACCUCAUGAAAAGAGGCUUUCCUGAGUUGCCGUUGAUCUAUCCUGAUGCAGAUAUCAAUGGCUAUAUGAGGUCUGCAGGACUGUUAAUGAAGAGCUUGGACAGAGACAUGUUUGACGCGGACCCGAUGAGAGAGCUGAGUGGGAGGAGACCUCUUCUAAGCACAGAUUUCCAGGGACAGAAAAUAGUCCUGAAGUGCUAUGCUGUGGAUGAAGAGUCCGAGGCGAAGAUGCUUGAACAAGCCGCACACUAUCACAGAGCUCAGCAGCAGAGUCCCGCCACAACCGUUCCUCUCCUGGCGCUGUUUUGCGGCAAAUCUGAUCCACUGGCAUACGUCAUGGUACCACACUACUCUAAUGGAAGUCUCCGGGCCAUUCAGAGAUCCUCUCCACUGUCCUUUUCUGAAAUUAGGAAGGUGAUGAAGGGCGUAGCUUUGGGACUGCAGGGUCUUCAUGCAGCAUCUCUUACUCAUGCAUCUCUUCAUCCCAACAACGUGUUUGCCAUCGGCCGAGAGAAAGGCAUUGUUGGAGAUUAUGAUUUCACAAAGACACCUGAGCAGAGGGUGUCUGACAGCGGGAUGGUGGCUGGUUCCAUCAGUCUGGUGGCUCCAGAACUGAAGCAGGGUCAGCUGCCUUCCCCAGCCAGUGAUAUGUAUGCCUUUGGAGGCCUCAUGCUCUGGCUGCAUGUUCCAGACUUCAGCGGAUCUCUAGAGAGUGAGCGUCAAAAUGUAGAGUUCUGUGGUUCGGGUCUGGAUGCCAAAUUGCACAAGCUCCUCUCAAAGCUGCUGAUUUCAUCUACAAGACUGUCUGCUCCUGAGGCCCUAAAGGAAGACUACUUCAUCUCAGUUGAUGUGUAAAAGUGAAUUGUGUUCAUGUUUGCGUUCUCUGCCCUUUUUAUUUAUCAUUUUCUUCUAAGAAAAAAAAGAGGUGUUUGUUCAUUCCUCAAACCUUGUUUCAUGUUCCUGGAAUAAAUAAAAAUAAGUUUAUAAAGGCAUAA